CAGCAAGGUGCCUGCUCGCACGCAGCUGGUGACGGUGCUACAGGCGGUGACCCGGGUGUCUCGUCCUCGCAGUGUACGGUGAUACCGCGGCCUCUCAGCGCUCACCUCGCACUCACUAUCAGGCGGAUAUCACAGGCAGUGUGGCGGGCAGCCCCGGCUCCGGGGUCCUUCCUGCACCGCGGCCUGAUCAUGGCGACCGACAAGAUGUCCCCCAAGAAUUUCCGCGUCAGCGACGGAGACUGGAUCUGCCCGGAUAAGAAAUGCGGGAAUGUAAACUUUGCCAGAAGGACGAGUUGUAACCGGUGUGGGCAAGAAAAAACAACCGAUGCCAAAAUGAUGAAAGCCGGAGGGACUGAGAUAGGGAAAACUCUGGCCGAGAAGAGCCGCGGACUGUUUAGUGCCAAUGACUGGCAAUGCAAAACUUGUGGAAAUGUAAACUGGGCGAGAAGAUCUGAGUGCAACAUGUGUAAUACACCGAAGUAUGCCAAACUGGAGGAGAGGACUGGUUAUGGGGGUGGAUUUAAUGAACGUGAGAAUGUGGAAUACAUAGAACGUGAGGAAUCUGACGGCGAGUAUGAUGAGUUUGGGCGAAAAAAGAAAAAAUAUCGUGGAAAGCCAUCUGGUCCCAAAUCCGUAGGCAAAGGCGAAGAGAAAGAAUCAGGUGGUGAGGAGGAGGAGGCAGAUGAGGAAGAAGAAGAAGGAGAUUUGUCUAAAUAUAAGCUGGAUGAUGAUGAGGACGAAGAUGAAGAUGGUGACCUUUCAAAAUACAAUCUUGAUGCCAGUGAAGAGGAAGAUAAUAGUAAAAAUAAGAAACCUGCAGGCAGCAGAUCUAAGUCCCGGUCCUCCCACUCUUCUUCCCCAAGCUCAAGGUCUAGGUCCAGAUCCCGUUCGAGAACUUCUUCCAGUUCCAGAUCAAGAUCUCACUCCGGUUCAAGAGAACGUUCUCCGUCUCGUGGUUCAAAAUCAAGAUCCAGCUCCAGGUCCCAACAGGGGUCUACUUCCCCGAAAAAAAGAUCUUGCGCAAGUUCACGGUCCUCGUCAUCCUCCGAGAGGGGAAAGAAAAGAAGUCGCUCCGGAUCUUCGUCCCCUGACCGCAAAAAAAAGAGAUCAAGAUCACGGUCAAUCGAAAGACGCAGACCGUCUCCCUCUGGGUCAUCUCAUUCUGGCUCUCGCUCGUCAAGUUCCAAAAAGAAAUAAAUAUUUAGUCAUAGCCCCCUAUCCAGUAUAUAACGCAUGAGGAGGAUACAAAUACAACAGUGGCGUAAGGGGAGGGGCUCUCUCCCACGCUGUACUUACACCAUCCGCUGUAGCCGAGGUGCAAAGUCUUGUGCUUCCACUACGCCAACACAAAACUCAAUCCAAAAGUAGCAUUUUAAGCCAUAAGUCCCGUGCUCCGUUCCUCUGUCACACCACGCGGUGUGGAGUAGAACACCAUACGUGGCAAUAAAAUGGCUGAGACUUUUUGUUUUUUAAACAUUACUGUAACUUGUCCUUAAGACUUUUGUGUAUAUACAUGUUUACAUGUAUCUAAAACCUUACAGCAUGAAAUGUGAAUGUUUUAUCCAUAUCUGUUUUACAAGCACUAUGGCUUAAAAUGCAGACCGGUAUUUGAGCAAAACAUUAAUUAAAUGAAAUCUGUUGCUUUUACUAGAGAAUCCUAUAUAUUUUGAUGGUGUUACAAGGUAAGUAUUAGGUAUUCGUAUUAUACAAUCUCAGUAUAUCUCUAAAAAAAACUGAGCUUGGCAAUUUUAUGACCAGAAUUUAACGGAAUAGCCCUGACAUUUAUGAAAUAACAUCCGAUUCCCUUCUCUGACACCUGUCUACUCACUCCUACCCCUGUUUUAGUGGGUCAGUCUUACCUGUUGCUUUAACCUGCAGACAGUUGUAUUUCUUUGUGCUACAUCUUCUCUCGAAUGUAAACUGUCGCUCAGAGUUCCUGUAUUUGUGCCUAUCGCUUCCUUAAAGUUACUAUUUAAAUAUGUGCAGAACAUCUCCCCGGAUGUCAUAGGUAAUCCAUAGUUCAUCCAUCUCUGUAUUCCAAGGAUGAGAGUUUCAACAAUUAUUUAGGAAAUGUCACAAUUGAAUGAACUCUUAGAUUAGGUUUUUUUUUUUCUAUGUCCGAUUUGGCUAAAGUGUAGCUUAAUUUAGGAUGAUUAUCUGUAGCCGUGUGAAAUAAAGAGAAUACUGACUCGUG